CAAUUGAAGCAUUAGGAGGGCAGACGACUGAAAAGUUUUUUCCUCUAAGUUAUUGGGGUGCCACGUAGGAAACGUGUAUUUAGCUUAAAUUUAAUCAUUUAUGGAAUAUUUAAAGUAAUAUUUACUUCUGUAGAAUUUAUUUAAUGUUGAGUACCAAAAUGAUACGUUUUUCUUUUUGCUUGAUUGUACCCACAUUUCUUGUUUUUGUCACUGGGGGAAAACUGCCCGAACCAGAGGUGAAAAUUGAGGUAAUACAUAAACCCUUAAUGUGUCUCCGUAAGUCUAAGUAUGGAGAUAUGCUACUUCUUCAUUACGAUGGUUAUCUGGAGAGCAAUGGCACUAUGUUCCAUUCCAGCCGCAAAGAAGGGGAUGGAAAUCCCGUAUGGUUCACUCUUGGGAUACGGGAGGCCAUCAAAGGUUGGGACAAAGGUCUGCAGAAUAUGUGCACAGGAGAGCGCAGGAAGCUGACCAUUCCUCCAUCACUGGCGUAUGGCAGCGAGGGAAAAGGUAAGAUCCCUCCAAGCAGUACCUUAAUUUUUGAUAUUGAGUUGAUGGAGAUCCGGAAUGGCCCCAGGUCACAUGAGUCUUUCCGGGACAUGGAUCUCAACGACGACUGGAAGCUCUCUAAACAGGAGGUAAAAGAGUACUUGAAGAAAGAGUUUGAGAAGCACGGAUACUCACCUAACGACACGCAUAAUGAACUGAUGGUGGAUGACAUCUUCAAAAAUGAGGAUGAAGACGAAGAUGGUUUUAUAUCAGCUAGGGAGUUUACCUACCAACACGAUGAGCUCUGAUAGACUGAAUUUAUUUGUGGAUUUUUCUAGUACUCUUUUGUAAUACUUUUUCAUUGAACUUGAAAAUGUCCAUUGCUAUGUUUUAUUUUUACAUCCAUAACUUAUUUUUGGUUUUACACACAACUACACACCAUCACAGAUUAAGUCCCUGUACUAUUUUUUUAAGAUAAUGAAAGAAAUUCAAAUUAAACAUUUUUGUAUAUUGAUGCCUAUAUUAUUCAGUAUUUGUGCCUGUUUUUUUUUACAAACUUGCACACUUAAGUCACCAGAGGGCAGUCUUUUCCUUCAAAUCAAUUCAACGCUUUCAUCUCUUAAAUCCUUCCAAACUGCAGACAUGAACAGCCAAGGAUUCCCCCCUCAGUCUCUGAAUGACCUAUUUUUCAAAAUGUGAAUAGGGUUUUAUAUAUGCAUCCUUAAUUAAAGCCAUCUUUCAAUUUGU